ACAUCAAAAAAACCAAACGGGUCCCUAAAACAAAAAAGUUUGUAACUUGAGAGAAUAAAAAAAAAAUUGUUUUUUUUUUUGCGCUGUCAAGAGAGAAAAAAAGAGCGAUGGUUCGAGUUAAGGGAAGAGAUUAUAUGCCGAGAAAGAAAAUCGUAAAUUUACCAGUGGUAGCUCGAUACGCCGCGGGAUCUACAGCGGUGGGAAAAUCAGAAGCGGCAGAACCGAUGAAGAGCUCGGUUACGGUGAAAGAAAUCCGCUACCGCGGCGUUAGAAAGCGACCAUGGGGUCGAUUCGCUGCUGAGAUUAGAGAUCCCUGGAAGAAAACCCGUGUAUGGUUAGGGACUUACGAUACCGCAGAACAAGCCGCACUUGCGUAUGAUUCAGCCGCGAUUAAAUUUCGCGCUUCGAAGGCGAAAACUAAUUUCCCUAUUCCUGAACAUAUUCUUGCGGCUGCGGCUGAGACUGCAGCCGUGGCCGCUCAAAAUCCUCAGCCUCCGGCUGCUGUUGAUAACCGGCCGGCUGAGGUUUUGAAAUUUGUUGAGCCAGAUGUUGUUCAGGUUAAUUGGCCUACUUCAAGCGGUAUGAGUAGUACCGUUGAGUCUUUCAGUGGGCCUAGGAUUGUUCAGCUUGUUGGUUCUUCGUCUUCUUCUGUUGUUUCCAGGGUUCCUACUGUUGGUGGUGGUGCUGGUGGUGGAGUUGCUCAAGCUGUUGGUGGUGCUGGUGCUGGUGCUGGUGAAGAUUUUCAUAGUGGUUGUGAUUCAUCUUCAUCUGUUGUUGAUGAUGACGAAGAUUGUGUUAUUCUCAGUUCUUCUGCCGCUUCAGUGAGGAAGCCUCCGGUCCAGGCCCAUGCUCUGGCCCAAGCUCAGGUUCAUGCUCAGGCUCAGGUGUUUGCUAUUGAUUUGAAUUUACCUCCACCAAUGGAUGAUGAAGAAGUGAUCCGCGUCACUACCCUGUGUCUCUGACUCCCCGCCGCUGCCUGUGGACCAAUCUGCUGAAGAGAUGUUUUUUAUGUUUUAAUUUUAUGAAUGUAGUUUAUUGAGGCUGGGAAAAAAAUAAGAGAACUUUACAUUGUUAGAUUAUUAAGAUUAUGAUGAUAGAUUGAGAUCAUUAUAAGUAUGGUUAUGAUUAUGAUGAUGCUGUUGUUGUUGUAGAUUAUUAUAAUUGAAAUAGAGCAUGGCCAUUUUGUUAUGUGAUAAGUGAUAAAGUUUAUAAUCAACUUGGAUGGUUAUAUCUUUGUUGUUGUAACUUUAUGUGGAUCCUGUCAUGUAACAUUGAAAUGGAAUGGCAUAUUUGAUCUGAAAUCUUGUUA